AUGUCUUUCGGCGGAGGCGGCUUUGGCUUCGGCGGUAGCAACACCAACAACCAGUCCACGGGCUUUGGGUUUGGGGGCACCAACAACAACAACAACUCCGGUGGCUUUGGCUCGAACACCGGUGCAUUUGGCUCCAAUAAUAACACUGGGGGCGGUAUGUUCGGCGGCAACAACAACACAACGAGCGCAUUUGGCAGCGGAGGUGGCUUCGGUGCAAACAACAACGCCCCCAAAACGACCUUCGGCUCGAACACAUUCGGCGCCGGAUCAACGGGCGGCGGCCUCUUUGGCGGCGGCGCCUCGAAUACAGGCUCGACGUUUGGCAGCGGCGGCGGUGGUUUCGGAGCAGCCAGCAACACGUCCUCAGGAUUUGGUGGUGGUGCAACCACCGGCACAAGUCUCUUUGGAGGCGCAAGUAAGCCUGCAUUCGGUGCUGGAUCUACGACCAACACUGGUGGCGGUCUAUUUGGUGGAGGCUCUGGUGGAUUUGGCGCUGGCAACACAACAGGAGGCUUUGGCAGUGGCACAACGGGCGGCUUUGGCGCAGGUGCAACAAACACCACCAACAACGGCACCGCGAGCACGCCGUUCCAGGCGCACACCGAGAAGGAUGGCACAUCUGCGACACAACACUACCAGACCAUCACCUUUCAGCAACCGUACCAGAACUUCUCUCUCGAGGAGCUCAGGUUAGCCGACUACAACCAGGGACGCCGCUACGGCAACUCGAACGGUCAGGGCGGUGCAUUCGGUCAGAGCUCUACCUUUGGUGGUUUCGGCGCCGCCAAUAAUAACAAUGCCAACGCCAACACCACAUCUGCCUUCGGUUCUAAUAACACGAACACUGGUGGUGGUCUAUUUGGUGGCGGCGGCACAACGAACACUACUGGAGGGUUUGGACAAUCUACAGGAGGGUUCGGUGCGCAGAACAACGCCAACACCGGCGGUGGCCUCUUCGGCGCCAAACCAGCGACUGGUGGUUUGUUUGGAGGAUCCAACACAGCUACCACAGGCACCACAGGCGGCGGUCUUUUCGGAGGCGGCUCUACCACCAAUACAACCGGCGGGUUUGGUGGCGGUGGAGGAGGCUUUGGCGCGGCCAACACCAACACAGGAGGUGGUCUUUUCGGCAACAACAACGCAGCUAAGCCUGCGUUCGGCGCUGGCGCAACGAACACCUCGACAGGCUUCGGAGCCUCGACCGGCGGCGGUUUCGGACAGUCAACAAACACUGGUGGAGGGCUCUUCGGCGGCAACAAUAACCAGGCCAGCGCUGCACCUGCAUUCGGUGGAGCUCCAGCGACUGCAAACACAGGCGGUGGACUGUUCGGCAACGCUGGCAGCACAUUUGGCCAGAACAACACCGCUCAGGCCCCAGCAUCUGGAGGACUAUUCGGUGGUGGCGGUGGCUUCGCUGCAAACAACAACCAGGCGAAGCCUGCGACCGGAGGCCUUUUUGGCAGCGGUUCCACAACAACUAACACUGGCGGUGGUCUCUUCGGCGGCGGUGCUCCCGCUCAGCAACCAGCAGCUGGAGGUCUGUUCGGAGGUUCGACCACCACAAACAACAACGCAGGGGGUGGACUUUUUGGAGGUGCGAAGCCUGCGACAGGUGGCGGCCUUUUUGGCGGCGGCGCAUCCACUCAACAACCAGCUUCUGGUGGCCUGUUCGGCAACCUUGGUGGUCAGAACAACCAGCAGAACGCCGGAUCAAGCCUGUUCGGCGGGAACAACAAUCAGCAGAAGCCCGGCGGUCUCUUUGGCAGUUCCACCACCAACAAUACUGGCGGUGGCCUCUUUGGAGGUCUCGGUGGUCAGAACAACAACCAGCAGCAGAACAACCUUGGUGGCUCUCUGUUCGGUGGCGGCCAGAGCCAGCAGCAACAGGGUCAGCAGCAAAUGGGCAAUAGCCUGUUCGGCGCAUCUGGAAGCUCUCUGCUGAACACUUCGCUGAACACCAACCCUUACGGAAACGACGCUCUGUUCGCUGGUCUGGCUACGCCAACUCAGAGCCCCGGGCCUAUCGCCACGCCCCUCUCGAGCAGCCAGAAGAACAAGAAGAGCGCCAUAUUGCCUCAGCACAAGCUCAACCCAGCCGCGUCCACCCGUCUGCUGACCCCUCAGGCUAAGCGCACCGGCGGGUAUGGUUUCACGUACUCCACCUACGGCAGCCCAGCUAGUGGCCAAGCUACUCCCAACCUUGGUGGCAGUCUCUUCGCUGGAGGCGGCCUGUCACGCUCACUUGGUAGUAGGAGCACCUCUAUGAGCAACUUGCGCAAUAGCUUCACUCCCGAGACCAGCAUCCUUGCACCAGGCGCUUUCUCUACAACUGGACGCUCCUUCGCCAAUGGCAGUCUCAAGAAGUUGAAUGUCAACCGUCACGUCAACACCCGCAUUCCGCUCUUCGAUGAGCCUUCUCACAAGCGCGUGAGCUUCGCUGGCGGUGAUGGCGACUCACUGAGUGGCAGCACGAAUGGAUCGACUGCACUGGUGGUACGUGAGGAAGACAGCGAUGCUUCGCCUACAUCGGUGAACGGCAAUGCUAGCCUGGAGCCGUCCCGUCCAGCCAUGCAGCAAGUCAACGGCACCGAGCUUGCACAAGUCCCCGAACACGACCCUGCCCUGACACCGAAGUCUGCUUCAGUAGUCAACGUUCAGCCUGGUGAAGACCCUGAGCCUGGUCAUUACUGGUCCGAGCCAACCUUGAACCAGCUGAAGAAGAUGAGCAAGCAGGAGCUCAAGGCUGUGAAAAACUUUAUCGUCGGACGUCAAAACAUCGGUCAGAUCGAGUUCCACCAGGGUGCUCCUGUUGAUCUCUCUAACACAGACCUUGACAAGCUCUACGGAGAUAUUAUCCAGCUCAGCCACCGCAACGCUACCGUCUACGGCGAAAACUGCUCAUGCCUUCCGAAGCCCCCGAUGGGCACCGGCUUGAACCACCCAUCGCGUGUCAUCCUUCUUAACUCUUGGCCUCGCAACAAGGCUGGCAAGAUGGACGCGAAGCACCUGGAGCGCUUAAAGCGUGUUGCCGGCACGAAAUUCGAGAGCUACAAUCCCUCUAACGGUGGCUGGAUCUUCACUGUACCUCACUUCUCGUCUUACGGUCUUGACUAUGAGGACAGGGGUGUCUAUGACGACGAUGAGGAGGACGAGUCGAGUGAGCUCAGCCCCGUUCCCGACACUCCUGCGCAAACGUUGCUCAAUACAAGCCAGAUGACCAGCACGCCCCAGCAGGACUCGCUUGUGAGCCCCUACGAGUCUAGUCCCGACGACACGUUCGAGUUCAAGCGCGGCAUGCCUCAACGCGCCAAUGUUCCCGGAGGUUUCGACGACGAGGCUGCAUACGAAGAAGAGUACGACGACGAGGACUCUCGCGGCGAGUCUUUUUUAGGGGAACGCUCCGUGGGUUCGCUUGAUGGCCAGCAAGAAGCUGAGUACUACGAGAGCGAAUCCGGAUCGGACCAAGACCAGAGCAUGGCGGAUUCUGUGUCCGGACCGAUCUACACCACGGAGCCAGCAGCCGCUGUAGAAUUUGACCCCUUCAGGAGUACAAUGAAGGCACCGAAGUCGAUCUUGAAAGCCAGCCAGGUCUUCAAGCCCAAUUUUGGCACGCCUUCGAAGGGACCGGCAGUGUUUGACGAUGACUGGGCGAAUCAACUGCAGCGCACCAUCAGCCCGAGGAAGCAGGAUCGAACUGCCCUGCGCGAAAGCCAGGGCCAUGCUCUUCGAGAGUACGAGCGGAGUCCUACUCUUGCAGCACAACAGAUCAACGUACGACCCUUUGCAACACACAUGGACUUGAUGAACUCUCUCUUUGGCGAGACUGAAAACCACCGGGAGUCACUUUCGAAGCGACAAGGACAAGGCAUAGAGUUGCCAUAUUCGAAACGACCUAAGUCUUCACACGAUCUCGACCAAAUGACCGACGCCGAUAAAGACUUCCACAACUCCAGCAAACCCCACUUUAGCGAGACUGGCGUCUUCAUCUACAGCAACAAGGGUGGUAAGAACCUUGAGAGCGGCGCAUUCUCCACUGCCCAGGAACCACUCGUCGGUGCCACCUGCGACAUCCGCUUCACAAAGAUGCCUACUUUCGGUGAUGCUGUCCCCGAGACCAUUGCCGUCCAGAAGAAGGUCACCAAGAUCUCCACUGCCGAUGGCGUACCCUUGGCUUCGAUCACCCUUGAACCAGUUCCCAUCGAAUUUGCUGCUUUCUCUAAAGCUGUCGCUGUCGACUCCGUCGCAGGUACUCACGAACAACAUGCAUGGCAGCUGUUAUCGCUGUUGUUCGAUGGCGGCGAUAAAGUCAACAAGCCAGUGGAUGUUGAUGACGAACACCUUGAGCGGUACAGGAAGGAGCGACUGUCUGACUUCUGGCGGAACUUGGUCUACGGCGAUGCACAGAAGCAAGCUCAGCAAGCUGCCACAGCUGAAGAGCGCGCCAUUGCCCAGCUGAGUUGCAAUAACGUUGCCGAAGCUUGUCACGCACUGCUUGAGGGCUUGGACCUGCGACUUGCCACCAUGAUCGCACAGAUCGGCGGCGAUGCGAACAUGCGCCAGACGAUGACCGAACAGAUUGAUCAGUGGCGACGCAUGGACAUGCUUGCCGAGAUGGAGGAUGCCCACCGCGCUCUGUACGAGCUCCUAUCUGGCAACUGCGCUCAGGCAGAUGGUAAGGAUGGCAAUGGUCGUGAGAACAGGGCUGUCACAUUCAGCAUCUCAAAACGAUUUUCUCUCGAUUGGCGUCGCGCAUUCGGCCUUCGUUUGUGGUACGGCACCCUGGUCGACGAGCCUAUUGAGCUUGCUGUUGCACAAUUCGCAGAUGCCAUCAGGGAUGGUCUCGAGGAUGUCAAGCCUGUGCCAUGGUUCGUGCGCGAUGGUGCUGACAUGGGUUGGGUUGAUCCAAAGGCGGCCGACCGCGAAGAUCUCCUCUGGGGUAUCCUCAAGCUCUAUGCCGCUUCCAAAUUGGACAUCCCAGCCAACGUGGAGGAUGUCCUUGCUCCUGAGAACGUCUCCGGCCACCCGCUGAAUGCACGACUAUCCUUCCAGCUCUUCCAGCUCUUCUACUCUCGCCAUCAAGACAACAAGGAAGACGAGUGGCGCAAGAUUGGAAUGCCUACGUUCCGUGCUGAUACAGAGGGCGACUUCCGUCAUUCAUUCAUGUCGUCAACUGCCACUGUCACAAACAAUGACACGCAGGGAGAGGAUCCUUUGGUCGAGUUGGGUGACAAAAUCACUCUGUCGUACGCUGCAUCACUUCACACACAAGAGUACUGGACGGCCGCCGUUUGGGUAUACACUCACCUGUCCUCCGCGCCCAUGCGUGAGCACUACAUUCGAUCACUUGUGAACCAGUUCGCCAAGUCAAUGACACUUGCCGAGUCGGACUCGACAUACGCCUACCUUACGAAUGAUCUGCAUGUCCCCGCGACCUGGCUCCACGCAGCUGCCGCACUGCAAGCCAAGACAGACGGGGAUGCAGGCCGAGAAGCUGCGCACCUAAUCAAGGCCAAUGAGCUUGAUGAGGCUCAUGAGGUUCUCUGUCGUAAGGUAGGCCCUGAUGCCAUCAUCUCGCGCGAUUACGAGCCGUUGCGCGAGCUCAUGGCUGGUUUCGUACCCGAGGAUGCCAACGACAGUGCAUCACUCGCCUCUUCGCGACCUGUAGUGUCUGCCCGUGGACCUGAGAGCGUUGCCGGCUGGGCACAGGGUGGCCAGAUUUAUCUGGACUACAUCGAGCUUCUCGACCACACCGGCCGCCGUUCAACAUACCGUGUUGAUGAGGAGCUCGAACAGGAUAUCCAGCACCUACUUGCGAAGCUCCAGAAAGCUCUGGAGAUUGCUGCACGCGAUCGCCUGGAAUCCUGUGGCCUUGAAGAGCGCGUCGCGCUGAUGGAGAUUGCUGGCACCGUUGCCAACUUGAUUGCCAAGAAUAAGACUGCUAACCGCUCCCAGAUCCUCAGGCUCCCCCUCACCGAGGACCUUUGGCUCAAGCACUCAUGUGACCUCAGCACGAGCUACUACCGCAACCUGAUGGCGAGUAGCAAAUAG